UUUUUUUCAGCUUUUUCGAGGGAAUUUCCGUUUCCAAUUCUGGUCGUUCCCUUUCCUUGUUUUUUCGAUAUUGUGAAAUUUAAUGAUUUUUGGAAGGGGGAGAAGGAAGGGGGAUUUACAUAAAAUAUAAAUAAAAUGGUUCUUUUUUUGUUCUUGAAUGUUUUAUUGAAUAAAGGAGGGAAAAAGAAUUAAAAUUUUAGAGGGAUGAGUAAUACUUGCCCCUUUUCUUUGAUUUUCUUUGAUUUAUUACCGCCUACUUAACAUCAAUUUUUAAGCUCUUUAAGAGGGGAGAGGGAUAUUUAAUCUUCAAAUAUAUUUACGUAAUAAACUUUUUUGACUCAUCCCUUUUUGUGAGUGAAUUGACGUAAAUAUAAUCUCUGUACGCUUUUUGAAAUCAUAUAAAAUCAUUAAAUCUUCAAAUGUAUAGGUGUGCGCCAAAAAAUUUUUGAGAAAACGCCAAAAUUUAAAAUUGGGCAUUUUCGAGUACAACCUCACUUUUAGGAUAUAUCUUUAGGACCGAGAAAUCAUAGCUUAUGAGUAGGUUGCUCUAAAUAGAGGGGGUAUUUUGUUUGGGAUUGUUGGUCCGCAAAUCUCAGAUCCGCAAAAUUUAAAUCCGCAAAGUCAUGUCCGCAAAGUUCGGCGUCCGCAAGUUCGGCGCGCUGAAUUCAUGUCCGCAAAGUUCGGCGCGCUGAAUUUUCUUUGUUUUGAGACAGCUCUACUCCUUCCCCUUUAGAGGCCAACCAAUUAAAAAAGAAUUAUUUUAAUUUGAGGAUUACUUCAUUUCGGAGGAGGGGGAGGUUCAAUAGUUCUUACAAAAAAAUUAAAUUUUGCGCACAUCUGGAUUAAGACAAGAAUAAAAGUUGUAAAUACAAGUAAAUAAAGUAUUUUUUAUGCUUCUAAAAUUAGUAAGAUUCUUUUUAUUUCUAAUAUAAAGAGUACUUUAUAUAAAAGCUAUUUUACAAACAUUUUCAAUAAAUAUAUUUGAUCAUCUUUCUCUUAAAAAUAAAAAAAAGCUUUUAUGUUUAAGAAGAAGAAAAAUGCUUUUUUUCAAGUCGAAAAAAGAAGAAGCAUAUCCCACAAACAGCCAACCAGCCAGUCUUUUCAUACCAAAACAUAAAUUAUAUAUUACAUCUCUUCUUCAACUCUUCCACCGCUAUAUGUAUAUUUAUGUUCCUCUCGUUCCUCUAAUAAUUUGUUUAAAAAAUCAACUCAUAAGUGAUCAACUUUGUUAG